AUGGUUGGCAGACUCGAAGGCAAGAACGCCAUCGUCACCGGCGCAGCUGGCGGCAUCGGCCUCGAAACCACAAUCCUGAUGCUCCGCGAAGGCGCCUCAGUCCUCAUGACCGACAUCAACGAAACGACCCUGUCAACCGCCCUAGAAAAAGUCAACCAAAUCAUCCCAUCCACCCAGCGCACAGGCAGAGUCGAGACAAAAGCCGUGGACGUAUCGCAAGAAUCCCAGAUCGAAGCCGCCGUCGCACACCUCGAUGCUUGGGGUGGCCUGGACGUGAUCUUCAACAAUGCAGGCAUCAUGCACCCCAAGGAUGGCGAUGCCGAGGAGUGUCCGGAGGAUAUCUGGGACCGCACCAUGAACAUUAACGUCAAGGGCGUUUGGUUCGGGUCGAAGCAUGCUGUGCGCGCUUUCCGGAGACAUGGCAAGAAUCGUGCUUCUGUUAUCAAUACUGCUAGUAUGGUUGCGCUGGUUGGGGCUGCUACGCCGCAGUUGGCGUAUACGGCUAGUAAGGGUGCUGUUCUGGCUAUGACGAGGGAGUUGGCGAUUGUUCAUGCUAGAGAGGGGUUCAGGUUUAACUCGCUUUGCCCGGCGCCGUUGAACACGCCUCUUUUGCAGGACUGGCUCGGUGAUGAUAAGGAGAAGCGUUUCCGUCGUGAGGUUCAUUUCCCCAGUGGACGGUUUGGAGAAGCUAUUGAGCAGGCCCAUGCGGUCGUCUUCCUUGCUAGUGAUGAAAGCAGCUUUGUCAAUGCUACCGACUUUGUUGUCGACGGCGGCUUGACCAAGGCUUAUGUUACGCCUGAGGGACCCGCGACAGAGGCACCGAAGAACUUGGCUUCGUGA